AUGGCAACGCGUGCGCCGCUCAUGGAGAGCCUCAACUCGUCGCUCAACUCGUCACUCAACUCGUCGCUCAACUCGUCGCACGAUCUCACGACCUCGUUCUCGGUGUUUGACGAGAAGGAGAACCCGCUGCUGAUGGAGGCGACGUCGUCUCCGCACAAGGGCGGCGGCAAGUUGCGGUCGCGGCACGGCUCGCCGCACACCGGCCGUGGCUCGCCGCGGACGUGGAAGAACCAGGCCGAGGGCAUGCGGUCGCGGCGUCGCGAAAUGUCCAAGGACCUGCUGAACGAGUCGAUCAACUCGUCGCUGGCGUCGUCGCCAGGCGAGCUGGGCAACGCGUCGAUGCUCUCGGACUCGUCGGAAGGCUCGAUGGACGCCUCGGCCCUCAUUGCCGCCCAUGAAAAGUCGGCGAGCGCGGCUAAGGGCGGCGCUGCCGCCGUGGCACUUGUCGAAAAGGCCUUCCUGGAGAUGGAGUCGCAGCUGCGGGCGCUCGAGCGGCGGCCGCGCAACUCACCGCUUCGCAACGGCGGAACACCCGUCCGCGAGGCAACGCCGGCUACCCCGGGUUCGCCGUUCAAGACCGAGGUCGACAAGACCCGCCAGCUGCGCGAGGUCAAUCUCGAGCUCGUCCGCGCACAAAAGGCCAAAGAGGCGGCCGAGACCGAGCUCGCCAAUCUCCGCGAGCAAGUCGAGAGCCUCUCGGCCGCCAACGCCGAGAACAAGGCCAUGGUUGUCUCCCUCACCACCCAGAUCUCCGAUCGCAUGUCGGACAUCUCUGAGCUCGAGGACAAGGUCACACUCCUGCAGACGACCCUCGCCGCGCUGCAGCAGAGCGUCCGUGACGAUGCCGCCAACCGGACCAACCAGCGCAAGGUCAACGCUGCGCUCAAGACCUACUUUAACCACAACGGCAUGACGCCCAUGACCGAGGAGGGCGAGGCCCUCAUCGAGCUGCAGGCCAAGUACGACGCCAUCAAGCUCCGCUACUUUUCCGUCCUCGCCCUCGCCAUCAAGCUCAGCUACUCCUCGGCCGGCAUCUCGAUCAACAGCAUGGACUCGCAGGCCGUCUUUGACGAGCUCAUUGCCGAUGGCGUUGACGAGGCCGAGUGGCCGCAGCGCAUCGGCAUGUACUUUGAGGCCCACACCCGCACGCAGUCGGCACGCAUCAACUGAUGGGCGAGAGAGAAAGAGAGAGAGCGCUGGACAAGCAUGUCCGACCCUGCGUGGCUGUACCCUUUGCGAGCCGCAGCGAUGUGUCAAAGAAUUAACAACAUCAUCCCCAA